AUACGUCCGAUCGGUUUCGCUUAUGUUCGCGCCAAUAAUAGUAGCUUACGCCGGCCAUCGGUACAUCAGUCGUAGAAGCGAUGCUUAAAGCGUAGCACAAUGAAACCACGCGGGAAAGUGAGUUCGAUUGGUUCGGUGGUGUUGUUGGUUUGCUUGAUAGGCGGUUUGCUACCGGGACACGUUGCCGGACAGUUGUCCGUGUUGAACCAGAUACCUUACGGACUGUUGGAUCAUCUGAAGCGCGUUCCGCAGCUAUGGAACGCCACGAGCUCCAGCGAGCAAGAGUGUUUGAAUCAGUUGGGCGUGUUCGGGGCGUCCUUCGAUAGCGGUGAAGUGUGGGCACUGAGCAUGUUCGAUUCGUGGGGUAAGCAUCCAUCCGGUAUCCUGUUCGGGAACGUGUUCGCCUUCGGUAACUUUGACCAGUGCCGUCGAUUGCAACACCAGAGCGCCCUGACGAAGGUGCGUGGCCAACAUUGUACGCUGUAUGUGGACCUGAGUUGGGCCGGUGUACCGGCCCCAGCACCGUUGCAGUAUGGAGUAUGUGUCCCGGAUACCUGCGAGCCCUUGCUGGUGGCUCAGCUGACCAACGCCUACUUUGCUGCCAACCAGAUGCUGGUUGUCAAUGGACCGCUGCUCGAUAUGUUCUGUUAUCGUGAUACCGAUGAGUCCUUUCCAGCGGUCACAAUUGUGGCAAUUGUAUUAUUCUCCAUCUACGGUGCCAUACUAUUGUUAGCAACGAUCGUCGAGAUACUCUUCAUUCACAACAAACAGGAGGUUCCAAGUUAUGUGAAGCGGUUCUCUGCUUACACGAACCUGGGCCACGUGUUUCGCAUUGUACCCCGAGCGGAAGGCAAGGAUGGUGUGCUGGAGUGCGUCAAUGGGAUUCGUGCUCUGUCGAUGCUGUGGAUCAUCGUGAACCAUGUCCAUGAUACGGCGUACGGGAUUCCAACGUUCAACAUUCCCGUAAGACAAGAGUACGCAGAAAGCUACUUUGGCGUACUUUUCCAUCGGUUGGGAGGUAAAGCGGUCGACAUCUUUCUCAUGCUCAGCGGCAUGCUGGUAUCCAUGAAGAUGCUACGCGAGCUGGAACGAUCGAGGAAACUGAAUGUGCUGGAGCUGUGGCUGCAUCGUAUCAUUCGCUUAACGCCCGCCUAUGCCGCCCUGAUCCUAUUCGGCAUUGCUUUCGUGGAGCAGGUCGGUGAAGGGACACUGUAUAAGCUGGUGGCUGAUGAGCUGAUAACGGCUUGUACCAAGAGCUGGUGGGCGGCACUACUGUACGUGCAGAACUACACGCACUACACGUCGAUGUGCUUCGUACAUACUUGGUAUCUGGCGGUGGACAUGCAGCUCUACCUACUGUCGCCUCUGCUCAUAUAUCCGCUUUGGCGUUAUGGUAAACGGUUCGUCCCCGCGAUAGUCGUGCUCGCUCUACUCUCAAUCAGCUGCGUUUUCGCGACGUUCAUGGUGAACGAGUAUCGGCUGAAUCGGUCGGCUCCUCGGGGCGAUGGGCUGAUGCCACGCAAAACCUACCAUCCAACGCAUGCCCGUAUGAGCGUCUGGUUGUUUGGGGUUCUGUUCGGUUACCUGCUCCAUCGUACACGUGGUGCGCGCGUGAAGUUGCCGAUGGUUGCAUUAGCCGCCGGAUGGCUUGUCACCAUUGCGAUCCUCGUAGUUACUGGGUACUCGCUGAAGCAGCUUUACGUAGGUGACUACACGACUAUCGCUCCAGUUGCCGAUGCAUUCUACGAGUCGCUGCACCGCAGCUUAUGGGCCUUCGUCGUCAUGUGGGUCAUCUUCGUGUGCAUUAAUGAACAGGGGGGCAUCGUUGAUCGCUUCCUAGGCAAUCCAUUGUGGCAGCCGCUCUCUCGGCUUUCGUAUUCCAUGUACCUCGUGCACAUUGCCAUCCAGGCGAUCACGUUGACGCAGGUACUGCGGUUUCCGGUCGAGUUCUCCGUUGUUAACCUCUUCUACACCGCCUUCGGAUUGAUCGGCAUCAGCACGGUCGUCGGAAUCGUGUGGUGCAUCGCGUUCGAGUAUCCCUUCUUCGGACUAGAGAAGUAUGUCUUCCGAAAGAAAGACCCCAAAUCGACCGAUUGAUGUAAAACGUCAAAUGUAACUUCAAAUUGUAUUUUUGUU